UAGUGACUACAGCCAUGGGGUGGUGGGAGGGGCCGGCAGCUCCAGAGGGAUGCGCUCAGCCUCAGAGCUCCGUGAUUUGAUGGACACCUUACAACGCAAGAAGAUCGCCCUGGCGACAAGCCUGAGAGCCAAUGGGGACGUUAGCCCCUCCUACUUCAGUAUGACACAGUCUCCACCCACCACGCCUGUGACCUCACCCACCUCGAUGUUGUCAGCCUAUCAGGAGCAGGCUAGGCGUUUCUACGGCUCUGAUCGUCCUCCUCUCUCUGGCAAAGCCGCCGCCCCUCCCUCCCCCUCUCGGCGCUCCGACCCCCCUUGCUCCCGAUCCUCCGUGACCCGGAAACAAUCCUACCAAUCACGGGACAGCCUGCUGAUCUCCCCUGGCAAUGGGCGACACCCACUAAACCCAGACUCCUCCCCCCUGUUGUCGAUGCAGAACGGUGGAGGUUCGUCUAACUCAGUGGCCGGUGGUGAGAGCCUCUCCUCUUCCCCAUCCUCAUACCUCUCUCCAACUAGUGGAGCGGCCAGCGUGCCCUCCAGCCCCUGCCUGGGACGCCAAAGUCACGGCAACCACGAGCCGGUGCCUAUCAACCGAACCAGGAAGUACUCUGCAGGGUCUGUGUGCGGCAUGAUGGGAAGUCACAGCCACUCAAUACCCCGCCUCUGCCCCUCGUCAUCACCUCGUUCCCAUGACAACGGAGCCCUGGCGCUCUGUUCCAUCCCCCCGGCCUCGCGGCGCUCUGAGCCUCCACGCAACUCCUCUCACAACAAUAGCCAAAACCACACCACAAACAGUAACUACAGCCAUUACCAAACCACUAACUUCAACUACAGCCAGGCCCAAAACAUGAACCACAACCGGAACCAAGGCGAGGGGGAGGUAUCCAUCUCCCUCUCCACCCCCAAGUCUCCCACCCAGGCCCCUCCAGACCUGACAGUACCGUCCCAAUCAGGGGGCUCUUCCAGCCCCCGUGUGGCCAAGAAACUCAGCCUCACCUCCACCAGCUCCACCUCCAGCCUCCAGGAGCCAGAGAGACCAGCCAGCCGCGGAGCCUCCCCAGGACCAGAGCUCUUUCUGGGGGAGAGGGGGAGAGCGCACAGGGGGGGAAGCCUGGAGCCUGGGUUAAGACUAGGGGAACGAAGGCUGUCGUUUGGAAAGGGAGGGGUGGGGCUGGGGGCAGGGGUGACCCCACCAGGGAGGUUCAGGGCGAGGAGUGGCAGUAUCAGCUCCCUGAGUGGGAAAGAAGAACUGACUGACUAUCACCAUCGCCAGCAAGACGAGAGACUACGAGAACAGGAAGUGGAGAGACUGGAGCGUCAGCGGCUGGAGACCAUUCUGUCUCUGUGUUCUGAGCUGGGUCGAUCGGAGCAGGAUAGGGAGAAGGGUGUUGGUUCUAGUCCAGGUACCGGUGCCGGUCUAGCCAACCUCCAAAAGAUCAACCGGGAACUAGAGAAACUCCAGGUCUCAGAUGACGAAGAGUCAGUAUCCACCUUCUUCAACUUAACCGUUAACGGAAAUGGGGCCGUUACCGGCUCGGAGAACAAUUAUUAUGGUAACGACAAGGAGCGUCCGGUCCGACAGCGAUGGAGCAGCGAUCACCGUGACAACAGGGCGGAAUCGCCCGUCGUCGGUCUACGAAGCUCCGCCCCCUCGCCCACCCCGCAUCUACUGAGGACCAAUCAGGCGCCGGCGGAGGAGGGACAGCGGAGGAAGGAAGUGACCCGUGUGGAGGAGGAGAGGAUCCAGGUGCUCAACAACAUGGACGAGCUGGAACAGAAGAUCAAAGAACUGGACAACCAGAUGGAUGAAUCACUCAGAGAGGUGGAGGUGGAGCGUGCCCUGGUGGAGGCGGAACAGGAGGCGGAGUUAGCUGCUCUGCAGCUGGAGAGAGAUGCUGUGGAGACACUCAACACCAAGAUGGCCGACAUGGAACAACAUGCACAGGACCAGAAGACUCAGGACUCUGAGGUGCUGGAGGCUGAGACGAAGCGUUUUGAGGACCUGGAGUUUCAGCAGCUGGAGAGAGAGAGUCAUCAUGAUGAGGAGAAGGAGACAAACACACAACACCUCCUCAGAGAGAUCGCUGACUACCAACGCAGCACCGUCACACGCAAGAAGAGGCUGGUGACCCUGAAGAAGCAGGCAGAUCAGAUUACCCAGCAGACUCAGGGAGAGAAGGAUAGCUUUCUGAAGGAGAGGACCAACCUGCAGAUGAUGCUGCAGAGGGAGAAAGAGAACCUUGCCUCUCUGGAGAGGAAGUAUGCUGACCUCACAGGUGGGCGGUACUUCCCUCUCAGUCCUAUCAGUCUCAAGGAGAGGAAGAGGUUAGUGAAAGAAGCUGGGGCCCACCUGAGUGACACGUUACCCAGGAAGAAGACCACUGUCACCCCUCAGUUCAGCUGUGCUACACUGGGACGCAGCAUGCCUAACAAGUCCCAUCAGCCCCUGGUGCAGAGUUCUAGCUGCGGCACUAUUCUACCACGGGCUAUGUCUGUCUCCAGCAACACAGACACACGCUGUCUGCACAAGGGUCAGGCCUCCCAGUCCAACAUGUACCUGGACACCUACGGUUACAGUGACAACAGCCAGGCCUACGACACCAUGAGCAUGGAAAGCUUGGACUCCAUGGACACCAGCAUCUCUGUCUGCUCACCUGACAAUGUCUCCUGUGCCAGCACGUCUAAUGUGACCAAACUGGAGGAGAUGGAGCAUCUACUGAGACAGGCCCAGGAAGAGAAGGACCGCCUCAUAGAACACAAGGAGCAAGAGAUGGAGUCAGGCAAACAGGCUCAUGUGGAGGAGAGGAGAAGGAGGGAGCAUCUGGAGAAAGGACUGCAGGAGGAGACCAACAGACGACAGAAAACCAUUGAUGGGGAGGUGAAACUACGGGAGAAACAGAGAGCACAGUCCCGUCCUCUGACGCGCUACCUGCCGGUGCGUAAGGAUGACUUUGACCUGAGGGCCCAUAUAGAGUCAGCGGGCCACAGCGCUGACACCUGUUUCCACCUGUCCCUCACGGAGAAGACGUGCCGAGGAUUCCUGGUCAAAAUGGGGGGAAAGAUCAAGACCUGGAAGAAACGCUGGUUCGUCUUCGACCGCAACCGGCGAACGCUCUCCUAUUUCUCGGACAAGCACGAGGCCAAGCUGAAAGGUGUCAUCUACUUUCAAGCCAUAGAAGAAGUUUACUACGACCACUUAAAGAAGGCACACAAGAGUCCUAACCCGUGUCUGACGUUCAGUGUGAAGACUCAAGACAGGGUCUACUACAUGCUGGCCCCCUCUCCUGAGGCCAUGAGGAUCUGGAUGGACGUUAUUGUCACUGGGGCAGAGGGAUACACUCAGUUCAUGGUGUAGAACAGGGUUUCCCAAACUCAGUCCUCGGG